GGGCCUUUUUUGUUCGGCUGGAGAGUCCUGUCUGAGCGGCCAGCAGGAGCACAACACACCGCAUAGGGACUGCAUCUUCACCAACACUCUGCCACUGCGUUCUCCGCUGAACUGAUAACCGCCCACAGGAUCUAUUUGAACACCACCACCAGGCUCGGAAACGUACUGUUACUGGCCCUUUUGGAUCCUGGGUCAACCUCCAGGUUUUAUCCGCCGUUAGCCAGAGUUUUUGCUGCGGGGUCUGGGGGUGUGUUGGACAGCGGGCGGGCGUUCAGCUGCACGCUGCCUGGAGGGGGCUGGAAGUCCGAUCCGCUGCCAGCCUGAAGCGGCCGGCGCGGUGGCCGCAGAACUUGGACUAGUCGGCCUGUAUCCUCGCAGCUAAGUGGAUGGGAUGGAGCCAGGACCGUCUGGCGCUGUGCCCCCCAUGGGGGCCUUCCCCCCUCCCCUGCAGCAGGUGUUCCAGGCGCCGCGGAGACCAGGUAUGGGGACGGUGGGGAAGCCCAUCAAGCUGCUGGCCAACUACUUUGAGGUGGAGAUCCCCAAGAUGGACGUCUUCCACUACGAGGUCGACAUCAAGCCGGACAAGUGCCCCCGCAGGGUCAACAGAGAGGUGGUUGAGUACAUGGUCCAACACUUCAAGCCACAGCUGUUUGGUGACAGGAAGCCGGUGUACGACGGGAAGAAGAACAUCUAUACCGUGCUUGCACUCCCUAUAGGGAGCGAGAAGGUGGACUUUGAGGUGACCAUCCCAGGCGAGGGAAAGGACCGGAUCUUCAAGGUGUCAAUCCGCUGGCUAGCCAAGGUGUCCUGGCGUCUUCUGCAGGAGGCGCUGGUCAGCGGGCGAAUGCAGGUUCCCCUCGACUCGGUCCAGGCUCUGGACGUGGCCAUGCGCCACCUGGCCUCUAUGAGGUACACCCCGGUGGGCCGUUCCUUUUUCUCCCCCCCAGAGGGGUACUACCACCCCCUGGGGGGGGGCAGGGAGGUGUGGUUCGGCUUCCAUCAGUCCGUCCGCCCCGCCAUGUGGAAGAUGAUGCUCAACAUCGACGUGUCUGCCACCGCCUUCUACAAGGCCCAGCCGGUCAUUGAGUUCAUGUGCGAGGUCCUGGACAUCCGUAACAUCGACGAGCAGCCCAAGACCCUGACCGACUCUCAGAGAGUCCGCUUCACCAAGGAGAUUAAAGGUGGGCUCCUGAGCAGUGGUCUGAAGGUGGAGGUGACCCACUGUGGGCAGAUGAAGAGGAAGUACCGCGUGUGUAACGUCACGCGCCGCCCGGCCAGCCACCAGACGUUUCCCCUGCAGCUAGAGAGCGGUCAGACGGUGGAGUGCACGGUGGCGCAGUACUUCAAACAGAAGUACAACCUGCAGCUGAAGUACCCCCACCUGCCCUGUCUGCAGGUGGGCCAGGAGCAGAAACACACCUACCUGCCCCUGGAGGUGUGUAACAUUGUAGCAGGCCAGCGCUGCAUCAAGAAGCUGACUGAUAACCAGACCUCAACGAUGAUCAAGGCCACGGCUCGCUCUGCCCCCGACAGACAGGAAGAGAUCAGCCGGCUGAUGAAGAACGCCAACUUCAACCUGGACCCGUACAUCCAGGAGUUUGGGAUCAAGGUGAAGGACGAGAUGGCCGAGGUGACGGGCCGGGUGCUGCCUGCACCCAUCCUGCAGUAUGGAGGCCGGAACCGGGCCAUCGCCACACCCAACCAGGGGGUGUGGGACAUGCGGGGGAAGCAGUUCUACAACGGCAUCGAGAUCAAGGUGUGGGCGAUCGCCUGCUUCGCCCCGCAGAAACAGUGCCGAGAGGAGGUGCUCAAGAACUUCACGGACCAGCUGCGUAAGAUCUCCAAGGACGCUGGGAUGCCCAUCCAGGGCCAGCCGUGCUUCUGUAAAUACGCCCAGGGGGCCGACAGCGUGGAGCCCAUGUUCAGACACCUGAAGAACACCUACGCCGGCCUGCAGCUCAUCAUCGUCAUCCUGCCCGGGAAGACCCCCGUCUACGCGGAGGUGAAGCGUGUGGGAGACACCCUCCUGGGCAUGGCCACGCAGUGUGUCCAGGUGAAGAACGUGGUGAAGACGUCUCCCCAGACGCUGUCCAACCUCUGCCUCAAGAUCAACGUCAAGCUGGGAGGAAUCAACAACAUCCUGGUCCCUCACCAACGCUCGGCUGUGUUCCAGCAGCCUGUUAUCUUCCUGGGAGCCGACGUCACCCACCCCCCUGCUGGGGACGGCAAGAAGCCCUCCAUCACUGCUGUGGUAGGCAGUAUGGACGCCCACCCCAGCAGGUACUGCGCCACGGUGCGCGUCCAGAGGCCCAGGCAGGAGAUCAUCGAGGACCUGUCCUUCAUGGUGCGAGAGCUGCUGAUCCAGUUCUACAAGUCCACCCGCUUCAAGCCCACCAGGAUCAUCUUCUACCGGGACGGGGUUCCAGAAGGACAGCUGCCCCAGAUCUUACACUACGAGCUGCUGGCGAUCCGGGACGCCUGCAUCAAGCUGGAGAAGGACUACCAGCCCGGCAUCACCUAUAUCGUGGUCCAGAAACGCCAUCACACCCGGCUCUUCUGCGCAGACAAGUCUGAACGAAUUGGGAAGAGCGGGAACAUUCCAGCAGGAACCACCGUGGACACCAGCAUCACACACCCCUUCGAGUUCGACUUCUACCUGUGCAGCCACGCUGGAAUUCAGGGCACCAGUCGGCCCUCCCAUUACUACGUCCUCUGGGACGACAACCGCUUCACGGCGGACGAGCUGCAGAUCCUCACCUACCAGCUGUGCCACACGUACGUCCGCUGCACGCGCUCCGUGUCCAUCCCCGCGCCGGCCUACUACGCACGUCUGGUCGCCUUCCGCGCCCGCUACCACCUGGUGGACAAGGAGCACGACAGUGGAGAGGGCAGCCAUGUCUCUGGUCAGAGCAACGGCCGGGACCCUCAGGCGCUGGCCAAGGCGGUCCAGAUCCACCACGACACCCUGAGGACCAUGUACUUCGCCUGAGCACCCGCCCUGACCUAGCCCGGGUAUACCCACCCUGACCUAGCCCGGGUAUACCCACCCUGACCUAGCCCGGGUGUACCCACCCUGACCCAGCCCGGAUAUACCCAGGCUGCCUUGCGCGCGAUUUCAUUGCGCGCUGCUAGGCAGCCUGGAUUCCAUGGAUCCGAUUUUCGCCUGAGAUAGGGAACCAAUCACAGAACGGGGAGGGACAGCAAGACGACGACGACGACGUCUAUGCGACACACCGAAGCUUGUAGUUUACGGAUCCAAAAUGGCAGCAGACGCGUUACCUUUCGAUGCAGCCUUAGAUAGUGUUCUAAGUAGUUUAGAACGAACGUUUAUUUUGAAAAAAUUGCAACUUUCGGCGUUAACUCUUUCAUUACCAAGAAGGAUGUCUUUUCCCUGCUACCAACAGGCUUUGAUUGGCUAUGAGCUACGUACAGACUCAUAUGAUAGACAUUCGUAGCGCCCAAUAAACGGCUCCGAGCAAUCGUAAACCACGCCUCAAAUACAAGAAAAUGAAUGUGUGGUUCCCAGACCUCAUCUCAAUGUAGAUUGAGAUGAGGUCUGGCUUUAGCCAGGCUAACCCUGUCCCUGGCCCAUGCCAAACCCCACUUUAUCACUCCCAUAGUGGGCAUACAGCCCCCAGUAUGCCCCUCCCCCAAGACCACCACCGCCGCCACCACAAUGGCCUCCAUCACCAUGCUUAUCCCGGUUAGCCUUGGCUAGCUACAUCGUGGCUAGCUACAUCGCGGUUAGCAACGGUGUGGCUAGCUACACCAGGGUUAGCGGUGCCAUCAUACGUAAACCAGAACAAACUACAGAAUCGAAGAACGCUUGUGAAUAUCAUUGUUUUUAUUGUUAUUUUUUAAUGUUACUCUCUGGCACUAUUGCUUUUUUAUUUGAUCUAAUUUCAGACUUUGGGUUUUAUUGACGUUACAGUAUUGUAUGCUUACUCCUCUGCACGUAAGGAUGCAAUGCGGACGGGAUGGUCAGAAUCGAGAUCUGAACCUCUACAGUUUCGACAGUUUCCAUGGCGAUACCUGAGGCUAGCUAGCUACUGCGGCUAGCUAAUGCAGCGCCCAGGAGCCCACUACACACAUACCUACCUAUCACCUGAAUCAAUCGCCACCUUUUCUCAUGUUUUUGUGUAAUAUUAUUAUUAUUAUCAUUAUUAUUGUUUUAAAUGCCUUGAAAAGUCUGUCAUGGUACAUUAGCACUUCGUACUAGCAUGUAGAAGCCACUAGCCCUGCACAACAGCGUUUGUUAGCAAAUGGGGUGCUAGCCCACUGCUCUAUAUAUGAGAAUAUGUGGUGCUAGCGUGAAGCGCUACAUAUGAGCAUAUGUGGUGCUAGCCCGCAAUACUAUGUAUGAACCUAUACAAUGCAAGCCUACCACUCUAGGUAUUGCCAAAAUGAAGUGAUAGCCUGCUACACUAUAUAUCAGCAUAUGUUGUGCUAGCAAGCUGCCCUAUGUAUUAACCUAUGUGGUGCUAGCGUGCAGUGCUACGUAUAAAGAAAAGAAGGAGAAGCUGUAGCAUAUCAUAUGGCAUAUCAUAGCAUCGAGGCUACAUGCUGUCGCGUGGCAGUUGGCCUAGUCCCUUAGAGAUUUAGCCCAUAGAGGAAGUUAGCGUUUAAAUAGAGGGACCAUUUAGCAUCAAGUGUAUGAGAUGUUCUCGCACCUAAACCAGCAUUCUCAACCAGCCAGACGAUGCCACCUAACAGACUCCUAGCCAGGAGCAGAACCUGGGCGGCCCUUAGGGAUAACGUGGCACUUUUUACUCAUCUGAUCGUUUUACUGGGGGACCAGUAGUUUCUGUAUGACGGAGGGGUAAUCCAGAUCUGAUCUAGUCUGUUCAAAAAACCUCACUGCCCUCAUACUUCCAUGUCCGAACCCUGGAGGAACCAAGCUAACGGGCUAGCUAUGGCAACUCUGUUAAUAUUAUAUCUGUUAGCGGCUCAGCGACCACUAAGUGCUGCACAGCGGAGCGCUAUGUUAGCCAGACACCUUGCUGGCGCUUCUCUGCACAUUGUCAUGUGCCACACAAUAUCCAAGAACACACACACGCACACACACACACACACACAAACAGUAGGCCUAUACGCUUACACCGCACCAAACAGACCUUACCAGGAGAUACUUGGCGGCAAACACAAACCUGGUUAAUGCAAGCCCACUUACGCCAGAUUUGCGAACACAAACCUUAGCGAGGACAAACUUAAGCUAACACAAGUCUGUUCUCGUCUUCCCCUCCUCUGCUCGUGUGCUC